GAUUCUCCUGCGCACGUGUACACGCAAUACGCGACGCUUUCGAAACUCAAGUAUCGCAGUCACCAAUUAUCGCAGCUGUCGCAGUAUCCCUACCUACCUCAGCCGCCUUAGAGUGCCUCUGCCCGGGAACGGGAGCAGCUUCUAGGCGUGCAUAAUUACCCCGAUAGGUAUCUCGGAAGCCGUUUCGGCGUUCGCGAGAGACGAGAGAGCGCCACCGCAUCGAAAUCAAGGCGAACGUCAAGGUCAAGUCAAGGGCCUUCGAUAUUCGUCGAGGACGGGCACGAGAAGUUGAUCAAGGACUGGCCGCAGGCGUUCUGCCCUCCUGAUUCUCCAAGCACGGGUACGAAUAGGAGUAGCUUCACUGUUAGUAACAGCGCUCAGAUACGAACGGCGCGUUUGGCUCUGCCGCUGCAUCUGGUUGACCCAAACAGACAUGGGGGUGAGCCGGCCGUUGACGUACCGCAGGGCGGUCGCGCUCAUCGAGGAGUCCCAGACCCUCGACGAGCUUGCGAAAAAUUGGAGAGCCGCCGGUUUUUGGCACCACCCUGAUAAGGGUGGGAAGGGGCCCCAAUUCGCUCUCCUCCAGGAGCUGAUGCUCGAGCGGAAGCACGAGCUUCAGCUAGAAGGUAUUUUUUCUGUUUUUCGGCUUUCCUUUUCUUGUUGUCGCAAGCUACUAGCGUACCAGAUAGUGAUAAGGAUUGUCGCGUGUCCCUCAUCUCUGCGCGGGUGUAUUAAGUCGGCGCAAGUGACUGCUCAGCUGUCUCGUUCUUUCUUUGCAUCAGUAACAAACUGGUCGGCGGGGUAUUGAUAUUGAAAACGGGCUUCACGAUUUUCCCGCUCAGUUUUUGUAUAGUAUGUGGUAAGUUUUUCUCGUGUUUCAUUAUCCGCUGGGAAGCUCUACGCUUCGCUCAUCAGAGAAGAACUGACCUAAACUGAUUUAUCUCUGUCCUUGAUACUUGCUCCAGGUGAUUCCAUCGCCGACGAUGAGGACAAAGAAGCCUCAGGCCCAGCUUCAGGCGCAAGUGGGGAAAGCUCAGCUACAGAAGACGUCGCCAGCAUUCGAUCUGACUCUCCGGGGAGUAUCACCAGCGCCGAGGCCGAGCAGUAUGGCCGGGCUGGGGGUGGUACGUUUUUGGCGAUUCUCGACGAAAGCCCUUCCACUCUCGGCAAUGCGUGCGCGACUCCUGUAGACGUGAUUUCGCUGACAUUGCACAACGCUAAUCAAAGCGCAAAGGGAGAGGCGACGCAUCUGCCAGCCCACACGAAUCCACACAACAAGGGAAUACUUACCCCGGUGGCGCCAAUCAACGAGUAUUCACGACUACACCAGAGCGAUUGCGCAGUUGCCCUCUCAGAUUCAGAGCAAGAAUUUGCGAUCGUGAUCCGUGACUCGCCGACCCCGCAUUACUAUCUUUUCCACCCGGGCGCGGAGCUGCUCUUGCAUGUAAAGCCACCGCGCGAGUACUGCGCCGAGGAGAUGUCUGUAUCAGGCGGCGCGCCGUUUGAGCAUCCGAAAAAAGACGAAUCUGCUGCAGCUGCAGUUUGCCGACACGUGC